ACCUCCUCCCCACCUGGCUGAACCGGUCACCGGCAUUUUGACUGCGGUUAUUUAUUGUUGUUGUUUAAUUGCAUGCUUGUUUUAUAUGAUUCAAUAUAAACUCGAUUAACAUGUAAAAUUCUAGCCAUGAGUGGACUCCUUGAAUAUAGAUCUUUUUUCCCCAUUGAUAGUAUUCAAAAGGUGUGUGAAUUAUUCGAAGAGCAACUGCGUAGCGAUAAAGAACCUGAUUUGGCUUUGUUUUCGAUCAUAGUAGGAGCUGUUGAAAACAAUUUAACCAAUAUAAAAGCUAAUGAUAAAGAUGUAACACUCGCGAAUAACAAGUUUGUUAAAAUUAAAUUCCCGUCGGUAACCUGGGAAGAAGUGAAAUCUCUCUAUGAUCGCUUCGUUACGUUAAUGAAAAGUGGGGUUGACGCUAAACUAGUAGCCGGUGAAUAUUCAAGUAGAGAUCUUGUGAAAAGAGUUGCUGAUGUCGUGUGGAAUUCCCUUACCCGCAGUUACUACAAAGAUAGAGCGCACCUUCAGUCUAUAUACAGUUUUUUAACAGGAAAUAAGUUGGAUUGCUUUGGUGUGGCAUUUGCCGUUACUGCCGCCUGUCAGGUGCUAGGUAAAAAUGAUGUUCAUCUGGCACUAUCUGAAGACCAUGCUUGGGUGGUAUUUGGAAAAGAUGGAAAAGAAACUGCAGAGGUAACAUGGCAUGGCAAAGGUAAUGAGGAUAAAAGGGGAAGAUCUGUGGGAGAUGGAGUCUUAGCCCAUUCAUGGCUCUAUGUAGCUGGUAAACCUGUUAUUUGCACUCGUGUCAUGGAAUUGGCAGCCUUAGUAUCAUCAAUUAAUCCAACAUUAACCCCAACAAUCGAUGUCCAUGAGGUUGCAUUAAUGCAACACAAGCUUCUUUGGUUGUUAUAUGAGAAAGGUCACUUACAUACAUAUCCAAUGGCAUUAGGUAAUCUUGGAGAUUUGGAGGAAUAUAUGAAAUUGUCUAAUUGCUCAGAGGAAAUGAAAAAUUCUACAAUAAAUGAUGAGAGUGCAAAUACCAAAAGCAAUACUCCAAGACCAGAUUCAGCUGCAUUGUAUUUACAAGCGAUAAGGUCAUCCCGGCAUCACUAUGAUGACAGACAUGUGUAUCCAUAUACAUUUCAAGGAGGCUACUAUCACCGUCAUAAGAUGUACAAAGAAGCAUUUCAUGCUUGGGCAUGCGCUGGGGAUGUUAUUCGACAUUAUAAUUAUUCAAGAGACGAUGAAGAAAUUUACAAGGAAUUUUCUGAAAUAGCAAAUGAACUCAUUCCUCAACUAAUGAAGGCUGAAAGUUCAGGACACUCUGCAAGAUCCAUCUUGAAAGAUCCAGAAUGUUUUGCAUCUUUAUUAAGAUUUUAUGAUGGCAUUUGUAAAUGGGAAGAAGGAAGCCAAACUCCUAUUUUACAUAUUGGCUGGGCUAAGCCUCUCGUCAGUACAAUUUCAAAAUUUGAUGCAGAGGUAAGAGCUCAAGUAAAUAUUGUUUGCAAUACAGAAAAUAACCAUAUUGGUGAUGAUAUAAAGAAAAACGAAGAAGGUGAAAAUAAAGAUUCCACAGCCAGCAAUGAUAGCUGGAAUAAUGCUUCUGAAAACAUUGAAAUGACUGUUAGAGAGCAACUUACAGCAGCUGUAAAUAGUCGGCCACGCGUGACUUUAUAUAGCCAUAAAAUGGCUGCGCUUAAACCUUUAUUGUUAGCAGAGAGAUUAAAUACACAUGCGCUGCAGCUGCAACUAACUGCUCAAAGCCAGUUACAGAGGCCUCAAACACAAAGACGUGAUGAUGACGAAAAUUCGGGAUCAGUAUCGCGCGCAAAACGAGCUCGCCGUGAACGCUGAUUUCUCUAUGGAUUGCAAUUGUGAUUGAAUAAGAUGUGCAACUAUUUUACGCUUACUGAUAAUUAUUUUGUACUAUUCUUAUAAUGCAUAUUUCUUUAUAAGCUUAGUGGGAUGUAACCUUUAGGGAUGUUUUGUGAUGACACUUAUUGUGUCAGAUUGCCAUAGAAUAGGCCUUAGGGUAAACUAAUCACAAUGAUGAAGCUUUAUUUUUCUUUAUUUAGGCAUUUAUGCCAGUAUUUGCUGACAAAUACUCUAUUAAAGAGUGAGUUGAACUUAUGAUAAUGUACAAAGUACAAACAGUAUUUUACUAUUUACAUUGUUAUAAAGUUAUUAUCUCGUGAGUUUUCCAUUAAAUGUUAUUUUAAUAAGAUUUUAAAAUUACAAUUAUAUAAAGAGUUUAACUCUGUAUUCUUGAUGUUAAUUAUUUUUUUUAAACUGUCUUGCAAUACAUAUUGGUAUUUUGUAAAAUUAACUCUACUUAGUAGAUGUUUAGUAGUUUAAUGUGAGUCUAAAAUAUUAAAAAUCUUAUUUUUGGUCAUGUUAUUUUGAAAAAGGAAUUGUAGUUAUAGUAGUUAUAGAGAACAGACUUACAUUCUCGUUGUUCAUUUGCAUAUUACAUUAUACAUUAGCUAUUUUGUUCUAUAAAAAGGAACUAAUUAUAAGAAGUCAUUCUCAGUGUUAAGCUUAAUUCUAUAUAAUCAAUUUAAUUAACAAGUACAUAUUCAUAUUUCUUAUCACCACUUGUCUAGUCUAUAUCAGUGUGAAGGAUCAAGGUACAUACAUUUUUAAAUGAUCAUAAAAAAAUAUUUCUAUAAAUUAUUAAAAAAAAUUAAUAAUUUAUAGAUUUAAUAAAUCACUAUAAAGUAAUAAGUCAUUAUAAUUUGUCAUACGACAUUUAUAAUUGAGAUAAUAUUCUGUUGCAAUAAAAAUAGUUAUUUGUUAAAAUUAAAUGUGUACUUUACCUAAAAAAUUAAUAAUAAGCAUUUAAUCUUUUCAACGGCGUAACGAGAAAAUACACAUUCGUAGAAUCAGAAUAUGUGUGUAUACAUUAGAUAAAUAACUCGAAAGACAUUAAUUCCUCGUACCUCAUAGGUUACAGAUGUAGUAAUGUAUCACUAUACAGAACUUUACCCACCGUUAAAACAUCGUAUAUUAAAAAUAUUUUUUUUAAUCCGUCCUUUUUUAAUUUUGACUCGUACUUUGUUAACUAUAAUUUUGUAAUAAUGUAGAAGCAUAGACAACAUCGUACAAUAUACAACUAGACUUACAAUCAUGCCCAAAAGCUGUCCAAAGCAAAGUUCUGCCUACGCGUCUCGUAUCUUACGAACAUUAAGAUAAACUUUGAAUGUUACUGUCACGAGGUGUUAAUUUCAAUAAAUGUUUUAUACAAUGUCGCUCAAACAUUUUAUAAAAUAUACAUGAUUUUGAGUCUGGAUCUGAGUGAAUGAUUUUUUAAAUACAUUCAAUGAAAUGCAAUGUGUUAAUCAUAUUUGAAAAUAUAUUAUACCAAUAAUUUAUUAAGUAGUUUUAAGUAUAAGUGAUUUUUUUUAAUAACAAAGAAGUUAUAUGCGCAGAAUGUUAUUUAAAGAAGGCGCAGUUUGAGUUAUUGAUCUUAUUACACUUCUAAAAGAUGACUGAAUUUAGUCACCACUGAAUUUUAGGAUUGAAACAUGCAUUGAGGUGUAUUCGAAUUAUUUAAAUACUUGACUUUUUUAAAUAGCCAUAUUUUCCAGGGAUAAUUCUUUUCAGAAAGGUUGGUGAUUUUAUGGAUUGCCGACUUUUUGGGAAAGGAUUAAGAAAGAAGAUUUGGCGAGAGGAAUAAAGGAAAGGACUGGGAAG